GCGUCGUCUGCUACAAUCCGAGGGCGCGCGCGUUCGCGUUCGAGGGGUUGUCGCUGGAGGACGAUCUUGACGGCUGCACGAGGAUCCUUUGGGAAGCACCCGGUCUGUUACGGCGGCCCGACGUGGUCCUCUCCGGGGCCACGUUUUCCUUGGCGGACAAUUGCGGUGCGGUCACCAAUGUGCGCCACUUGGCUCGAGUGGUUCGAAAACUGCACUCGUCGCGACCCGCCAGCUGCACGAGAUGCGUGCUUCGAAGGAGACGGCCAAGGGCUCGUGACUCCGUCGUGAUUGUGCCGUGAAAGGGAUCGCUGCUGCUGCUGUUGUAGCUACCUGUUUGCGAAAACAAAACUUUGUCGUUUUUGCGCCAGGCAAGUGAUAAUUUGCUCCCGCUCUUCCUUCACACAUUAUUCACUGUCGAUGUAACUUCCCUAACGUUACUGCCAAUGUACUGUUUGGCCAAUAUUCGAGUUGUAUGUCAUUAGCUAGCAUCGAUUUUUCGCGACGGUAGUGUUUGUUACCUGUAAAAAAUAGUCGCAACGUCCCGGCUACACUUGAUGGUUCAUCGUUUGGGUCAUCAAGCGUCUGAAUAUCUGAGCCACAGAUUGUGAAAGGCAGUCUGUUUCAGAGCUACCUUGUUUGUCGUGUUUGUCUGUAGUAGAGGUGGCAAGAAAAGGUCCCUUAUAAGCUUCCUAAAGAGCUUAGUGGCGACUCGCAUUGCGGUGACGAGACUCCACGAGCCUGCUUUGUUGACAUCCACUUCCUGCAGCUUAAUGGUCACUGACACGAGAACGAACCGUGUUCCCUGAAAGGCCCUAGCGCGCCUGAAGAUUUAGAAAGCAGCUACGCGUGAGUGCACUUGCAGCAGCUAUCAGAGCGCUUUCGACUGAAGGCAUCGGCUGCCAAGAAAAGAGUAUACAUUUCACCACCUUGAGCUGUCGUUUUCUUUGAUCUAGAGCCCAUGUCUAUUGAUCCUGUCGUCAGGAUAUAAUUAGCGUUCUCAGUAUAUGUUGCAGUCCGGCCCCGCCGUCUUUAACGGCCAACGCUUUUUCGGAUCGUUUCGUUCCGUCUUCGUCAAGGUCAUUAUCAAAAACCGAAUCAGGCUUACAAAGAUAUCUUAAGUGCUUCAUUCGCGAAGGAAAAAAGAGAGCGUUUAGUAGCAGCGAUCGUCUUAUUCACAUAAGUGGACGCUGAAAAACAAGAAAAAGUCUACGUUUGCCAGAAAGCGCAGUACAAGGUAAAAUAUAGAGAAAUACGUUUAAAGCAGGAGUUCUAUUUUUCUUAUUUUCCGAAAGUGCAAGCGUUAUGCGGGAAGCUGUCUGGAAUCUGAAGCACAAACGCCUGCGCUGAAAGAACGCUAAUGUUUUGCAUGGCAUCUUCAACUCUCGAUCAGUGAAGGAAGAGAGCAGCCGUACAUAAGAUUAGAAGAUACAGGGCAGGUCAAAGAAGGCGGAACGAGCACUUCAUUCCUGGUGAGGCAUUUCAGAAACUGCUCACUGACGGCAGCACCGUGAGAUUCGGCCGAGGGCCACACGUCAUGAUCACAGACGGAGUCUCGAGCGGUCCAGCUGAUACAGAAACGCUGAAAAGCAUCAAAAUAGGGCAGCCGUAAGGCACGUUCUCGAGAGUCACCUUCUUGUCGCCUACGGCUCUACGUCGUUGCAGUUGAAGAAAACCUUCGCGGCCAAAGCUCGACAAAGCCUUUCAGCCUAGCGACCUCGUGAGAACAGUAGUAUUCGCGGUUGGCGCGUCAUGGAUCGUCGCAAGAAGCUUCCAUUGCGCCUGGGCCUGUCAUCGGCCGCCGUACCGAGCGUGAAGGUGACGCUGCCGCCCAAGCGUGACCGGUCCCGGUCCCUGUGCGUGGACAGGCUGCCACCGCUGAUCGCGCGCAGCCCGCCGGCUGUGGCCCGGGCCGUGACCCUGGGCCGACGAUGCUCAGCAUCCGGCACCGCGGACCGUCUCACAGUGCACAGCUGCUACGGACACGGUUCAUCAUCGACUGACCUUGCUGCAAGGAGAGGAGUCUUCAGCAGGCGCCAUUAUGGCUCCGUGGAAAUGUUGGCAUCAUGCGAUGGCGACUCGGAAAACAUCGUUCGCCGUUUUCGAGUCGAGACUGGAGAGCGUUCCGACAAGGAAGAGGCCUUUUGGACGCAGGGAAAGGAUGACGUCUGCCUGUUCGGUUCACCGAGUACGCCGGUGCUGGAGAAUCCAGAGUACCAAACCCGUUGGUACUUCAAGUACUUUCUUGGCAAACUGCACCAGAACUACGUGGGUUGCGACUCCGAGAAGACGUGUUUCUUCCUGUCCGUCGUGCUGUGCGACUCAAACACACAAGGCCUACAGCAGUACCGUGCGAUCCUCUGGAGAAAAACGGGAGCCCAAAGGAUAUGUCUCUCCCACACACCGAACAAGCCGCUUACAGUCAAGUCAAUACUAAGCAACUUCGAGACGCUGGACAGGAUCGAGAAAGGCCCUAAGGAGAUCUUCACUCCGGACAUUCAAAAGGACCUGCUUUUGCUGGAAGAACAAGAGGGGUCUGUGAAUUUCAAAUUUGGCGUGCUGUACGCUGAGGCUGGCCAAUCCACUGACGACGAGAUGUUCAGCAACGAAGUGGGAAGUCGAGAGUUCGACCGCUUCGUCAACCUUCUUGGCGAGAAAGUUCGCCUGAAGGGCUGGGACAAGUACCGAGGAGGCCUGGAUGUCAAAGGUGACAUGACAGGCAAGUACUCCGUCUACACUAUCUACGAGGGCCACGAAAUCAUAUUCCAUGUCUCUACGUUGCUUCCUUACUCCAAGGAUAACAAGCAACAGGUGGAACGAAAACGUCACAUCGGCAACGACAUUGUGAAUAUAAUCUUCUUGAACGGAAGCUACGAAGACCACUGCAAUUUCAAGCCAUCCAUGAUCAAGUCUCAGUUUACUCAUAUUUUCGCAGUCGUGUCUUAUAUCCGAGAAGAGGAUGCUUACAGGUUGUCUCUGUUCUCGGAAGAGUCUGUGCCGCUGUUUGGGCCGUCGCUGCCAUGUCCUCCGGUGUUCCACAAUCACCAGGAGUUCAGAGAGUUUGUGCUCGUUAAACUGAUUAAUGGUGAGAAGGCGGCCUUCAACACGCCAAUCUUCGCCCAGAAGCGAGAGAGAACGCUGGACAUGCUGAUCAAGGACCUCUACAACGAGCACAUGUCGGAGAGCAGGACGAACAUGCUGAACAGACGUGCAUUCAGUGACGUGUUGCCAGAGACACCCAGAGGUUCGCGUCGCAAGGAAGAGGCCAGACAAGUGGAGUUUGUACGAAUUGGACAGGCCCUCAAGCUGGACACCAUUGUUAAAGGGGAUGCUCCCACCAGUCUCGCCACAACUAGUCUCUUCAAACGAGAACCUUGGGAACCCCAGUGCUUCUACCCAGACUUCCCGCACGAUAUUGUGUGUGGUGACUCCUGGGGUAACAACAAGCUGGUUCUCGGGACUGAGUCCGGAAUCUUUCUCAUCGAGGAAGGUCUCACGCACAGAAUGAUAUUCGACAAAACGGUGGUGGUGAAACAAGUCAGCGUGGUAGAAGCUCACGGCAUACUGCUGUUCAGAACAGACAGAGGAAGAGACAGCAGAGUACACGUUUUUAGACUCUCUGAUUUUGAAGGUGACUCGGCGGCGAAUUCUCUAGUGCGCACGCGGGCCGACCUCCGGGACCACAAGCUGGAGCGUACCAAAGGGUGUCACCUGUACGCGCUGAGCCGUCCGGGCGGCUCACACCUGCGCAUGGCGGCGGCCGUGGGCCGGCGGCUACUGGUGCUGCAGUGGCGCCACUCGGCCGCCUGGACCACGUGGUGCGCCGCAUCAGACACAGACACCGUGGACGGCUUCCAGCUGGUGCGCGAGCUUCUCGUGCCCGAGGCUCCUGCGCUGCUCACACUUGUCGACAGCCCCGACAACCACAUCUGCGUCGGCUACCGCCACCAGUUCGACCUAGUCAGCGAGAAGACGGGCGACGCCACCCGCCUUCACACCGUGGACGCCGCCAAGGCACACCUCGUCGCUGCGCUAGACAUCUACGAGGACGACGAGGCCGAACUCCUGCUCUGCUACAACCAUACCACACAUUUCCAGAAGUUGAAUGAUGAGAACACGACAGAAUUCGACUUCCAGUGGAACGCUGUGCCUGACAACAUUGUCUGUGUGUUUCCUUACAUCAUGGCCUUCACGUAUGAAAGUAUUGAGAUUCGCCUCAUCAUCAAUGGAAACCUCGUGCACAACAUGAUCAUGCCGAAGCUGAAGCUCAUCACUUCCAAGAGUGACAUCUUUUUCGUGAGCACCGCACCGGAGUUUUUUCAAGUUCGGAAAGAGCGCAUCAAGGAAGACCGCAUGGAGCGUGAUUCCAGCGUGUCCCCUCCAUCAUCGCCCCAUUGUGAGUCGACUGGUAGCACGGGCUCCAACGACGGUGCAAAGCCGCUGCGAGUGUACCGCAUAUCGUUCAGUUGCCUGACUGGCAAUUCACCCUGCGAGAGGCGGGUACCGACACCGUCUUUGCCGUCACCACAGCCCUUACUUGCCACACCGUCCUUCGGGUCGUCUUACCUGUCACCCGACUUUCAGGAAGGGUCGCGCCUGCGGCCGGACGUGCGUCCGAGCCGGAGCGCGACCGCGUCGCCCGUACCCCAAAUGCCUCUCCUGUUGCCCGGAUGCCGAUCGGUGUCGCCCAGGCGCCCGGGACUUCACAAGGACCACACGCACUCCGCGAGCUCGGACUCGGGCCUGGGCAAGAGCGUCAGCUCUAGCCCUCCCCCCAGUCCGCACAACCACGCCUAGCGCCAUGCCUCCUUGGGCUGCGCCACACAUCCCUGCGAUCGAGACUCCUUGCUGGCCGGGGCCCGGGCAACAGACACGUCGGCGUCUCUUCAUCCUUCAUUCCUAUUUUCGACGAGACACUCGAUUUUUUUUCCCUUACGCGCUAAACCAUACGCGUGCUGACUUGUACUCGACGCGAAGCGCCGAAGGGGCUCACUUUCACUGCUACCCGGCACGUCUUGUCGGCGCCUGCUCGUGAAGUAAAAUGGGCUCGGGCGCUUUUCGACUCCUUUCACGUCGCUGAUAUAGCGUGUAACAUAGCGUUUUCAUUUUCCCUGUGUGCACCCCGAUUUUGUUUCAAAUGUGUCGCAUAUUUGCGCUCCCAAAUAUAGCCUUUUCUGUUAUUUCAGCACCAAGCUCUGUCAAAAUGUAUGCGAACACUAUAGAUGUCCGGUCACUUCGAUGUUUUAUUCAUUCACCAAAAAAAAAAAGAGAAAGAAAAUACGUCAUAGUGGUGCCGUCCUUUUUUACGUUCGCCCUCUUGAUAUGUGUCAUUGUAUUUCGCAUCCUCAUGCUCGCACGGUCUGGGGGUACUUCCUUUCAACCUUCGGUGGCGUUCGGCUUACGUCCCACCGCAGCCUCUCAAACUGUAAAUAGCUGAGUAGUUUUUCCUUCCCUAAAGUAUACGGUGGCAGUUGCUUCAAACUGUUAUUUUGCGAGCAGCUGCACUGGUUCGUGGAGCAGUUCACGUGAGUUCUCUUGGCGCUUCGCUGGCGGGCGUCCGUGAGACGGCGUCCGGCAAAGCAUCGUUUCGAACCGCUUUCUAGUUCGAAACUAUUUGUGUCCAUGUCGUGCUUAUAAGCUACGUAAGCGCGUAUACUCAGUGCAAAUGGUGUAGUAGGCCUCUUAUCAGAUCAGCCUCGGAGUUAACCUUUCUCACCCUUUCUGGUUCCAUGCGAGACGCUGAGAAGGGCAUUCAAAAAUUUUCAUUCGAGAUACGUCGUUUAGGGAAGCCUAAAAUGCUUCAAUGGAGGAAAAAUAAAAUGGCCUCAGGUUUACCGUGAUGACACUAUCGUGUGGAGAAUCUGCAAGCGCACACUAGUGCAUUUUUUUUUCUAAUAACAUCUUAGUGAACAAGAAAACGUACGAACAAAAUGUUCUCUGACAUUCCAAACUUCUUUAGUCAGGUGGCGUCUGCCACCUGAAAUGUAUGCGUUGAACUUGCGAAGACUUACUGCUUAGGAGUUUGCUCAUGUUAGCGUAUAACUGGGCAUACCUGCUCGCUGCAGAUCUGCAGAACUGGCGUCAUUUGUUGGAGCAACAGGGAGUUCGCGGGCAAUUUGAGUUCAGUGGUCAACUUUGGCGACGGUGCGCUUUCCGAGGAAAGCAGCACUUUGACGUCAGUGUGCUUUGUCUUUUAUUUCCUCCCGUCAACACCGUUUAGGAAAUGUCGCAGGAGCUGUGAUGAGUGUCGUAUACUGACACCCCCUCCCUACCUUACUUGUAAGAUAUGUGCAAGCAUUCACAGACUCUUUCCUUGCUUGUGAUCCGCCGCUGUGGGGUGGCCUGCGCUCGCACUGAUGUUUUCAUGAGCGCCGGUGUUGUGUUCCAUUGCUGCUGUGUGUACCACCUUUGUUGCCCGAUGUUAAAAGAACUGACGGGAUAUUGUGGAUUUGGGCUAGUUUGACUCUCUUGCCAUUGAUCGAGAUUGAUUAACAAAAUUGUUCUUUUGUACCGCGCAGGCAGGCAGUUUAAGUGUACACAUCCUUUUUUUUUUUUCGAAAAGCCCACUUCUACCUAAAUAGAGCUAUUUUGGAGGUUACACUGCUCUCGUAUGUUUUGGGUAGUGUUGAUUGAAUCUGCUUAGAUUUAACAUUAAUCUUUUCUACAUCCGAGGCUCUAGGACUUCUUUCUACUAUUCUUUUUUUUUUCUCUUCCGUUUUUUUUCUGUUUGUUUUUGUUUUCAUGCUGCCUGCAAUUUUCUUUCGGCAACUGCAAGUUGGUCAAACCAUCGUUGUAUGUCAACAAAGAAGAACACAGAUCUGCGAACGACGGUAGACAUCGCGGUCGAUUUUGAACAAUUGUUCUUCUGCAACAUUCACUGCUUGCUCAUCCUCAGCGCGCUACGAGGCGUCCCUGUAGGCUGACUUCGCUCUAUAGGGCUGCCCAGCAAAGCAGCAGCGACGCAGUACCCGGUGAUCUAUUAGACACGGAAAUGCGAGGACAGAGAGCUAUUACGUUGGGCUUCUCGUUCACCGCGUUGAGGUCCCGUAGUGUCGAGGGCGCAACACAAGUGGCCGGCCGGACAAAAGCGGCGAGCAACAUGGAAUUCUUGUCGUCUGUGCCACAUGCCUAUGCGCGACAAAACCAAAGAAGACAUGAACAAGUACACAAAACCUGCUCAUAGCCGUCAUGCGAGUUCAUCCAGUGUAUAAGCCUUACCUUCUCCAUACCAUGCAUCGUAACCCAUCAGCAAUUAGCCCAAGACGCUGAGGAAACCUCUCCGGGUGUGUGAUGUGUGACACGACUGCCUUUCCUCCUGGCUUCAUGCCACUCACUGUACCGACCAACAGUUUGACAAGCUACUUCUUUCAUGCUCUAAGAUAUUGUAAAGCUGUAUAUACACCGAGGAGGUUAUGGCUGUAGAUUACAAGCUUAAGCUGUCCUUGUUGUUGCCAGAGCAUCACAAAACACGCCAGCAAUCGUUCACGAGAAGCACGGCGUUGAAUUGUUGAAGCCUGAGAUUCGCGUGACUCUCGUCCGCUUAUAAAGACAUAGAAAGAAAUUAGUAAAAAAAAAUAAAGAAAAGGUUGCAUCUCGAAACAGCUCUGCCAACCGAUAAGAGGUGCUUAGCACCUCGUUCGUGGGCAUUAUAAACGCCGGUAUUAUAGUUUUGACGCCUCAUGACGGGUCAUGUUUGUAUUUCGUUGCCUGAAUAAUAUAUACGAAUGUUUGAGGCACUGUUGCAAGCGCCGGUGUUGCAAGCUAACUCAAGCUUCAAAACUAAAAAAAAGCCUGUAUUUAGAGCCGACGCAUCUAUAUGUAGAGUUUCAAUUUUCAGUCUCGUGAGUUUUUGUCCUAAAUAGGAAACGCUUGCAAGGGCGUUGCAGUGCGUGAAACAGCGCCGGACUCACUUUUACCUAUGAGCACCCAUGAUGACAUAUUCAAGCAAGAACUUUUGCCAAGAUUUUUUUUCCCUCUCGUUUAGAGCUUCCCGCCUGACCGGUAAAAAAAAAAAUUAUGCACCCAGGGAGUUAAAUCCCUACCGUUUCAGCCAUUGCACACAUUGCAAAUUUUUCAAGCUGCUGCUGCUCCUGUUCUCAUUUAACGUCAGUAUUUUUCCUGUUAAUGUAUUCCACAUCAAAAGCCUGUUCAUGCUCAAGUGUGUACACUGCGACAUUCGUGUAAGAUCAGGUAGCUUAGAGCAUUUCUUACGUGCAGCUGCGUAAAACUGCGUGUCUACUGUAGCGCC